GUUAGUUUGUAUUCUUCCGUCCUUCGUGUACUGCGAUAUCCCGCGAAAAUACGCAGGAUUAUUCAGCUAUACUCUGUGCUACGAUUUCUUCUACAACUUAGCCUACUGCAUUAGCCAUGGUCUUAUCAGACCAAAUCAGCGACAAGAUCGUGCCAUGGCAUUCGAUGUACUAUGCUUUAGUAUGCUAUUUCUCCAUGCUGCAGUUGCUUUGCGCGGCAAUGUCGAUUCCAGCUUGGGUACCCAUAUUUCUUCCGCAAGCCAACACAGUGCACAGCCAUCUGGCAAUGGGAUACGCCUUCUACAUGUGGACCGUCCUGUAUAAUUUUGCUGGAUUGGUUGUCGGUUGCUGCUACAAUGGAAAGCACACCGAAGACCUGGAGCAGACUGGCCGUCACCGGGCCCCGUGGCUCUGGCUAGCUCGCGCCUACUUGAUCUGCAUGGCCAUCAGCGUGCUGUUUGCACUGGGGGCCAUUCUGCAGAUCGCUCUGCAAAGUGGACUCACACCGAUGCUGCACUUGGCGGGCGUGGCGUAUGGCUUUCUCAUUCUGAACGUCGUGUUGAUUAUAUUCACCGUCAUUUCACUGAAGAAAGGGCGCCUGCCGACCGCCGUUGUUUGCUGUUUGCAACGUUAUGAUGAGGAAGAGAGUGUGUGUGCGGAGUGUAUGAAGGAUUAUUACGAUUGGACGGCGAUCCAGGCUUUUAUCAAGCUGCCGUGGGGAUUAUUUGCGCUGCCGUGGAUGAUCCUGGGUAGUAUUAACGACCGGGCUACCACUGGCGAAACCUUCGUUUCUGGGACGAUUACCGCGGCAUGGAUGAUCCUCUACAACGUAAUCGGACUUCUCGGACUGGCAGCAACGACCAAGCCAUCACCGCCGUCCCCAACGCCAACACGCUUCUUCAGUACCAUGCGCGGAUUGAAAUUCUUUACCAUCUACACAGUUUUGAUGUUCGGCAGUGCCGGAAUGGCUGCGUCUGCCCUCCUCGACGGGCGCAAUUUAGAUGCAGACAAAAAGGACUUGAUAUCGGCCGACACGAAAGAAAAACUGCUGGGACUCGUUAACCUCCUCGUAGAGCUCGUCUUUGCCAUGGUGUCGUACUGCCUGGGCGCCUAUGGGCCACUGAAGGGUACCGAAGCAUCAGCGAACGAUAUCGUGGAUACCGUUCCUCGACACGCUGACGAACUAUGCACUCCGGAUACGAAUGCAAUGGAUGAACCACCGGCGUAUCAUGAAGUUGUGUCGCGAAAUGAACCGGAUGUCCCUCCGUCGUACGCACAAGUAACAAAUGUUCCGACUGAUGACCGCAAAAGCGGGAGGAUCGUUCCUCGAUGUCCUUUUCCCAGCUGGCAGGAAGAGCGAAACUCUGUCGUUUAAAAGAAGCGUUAUGGAAAUUUAAUGUCUUUGCACCUGGCCGUUUAAACUAUCCGAUUGCU